AUGCACUGUGAUCCAGAUUGGCUGACAUGCACUCAUGCCAACGCUUCACCUCUGACCGCAGACAGCAGUCCAAGUCGAGGCUUGGCACGCAGCGAGCAGGGCGUGGGAGUUCUCGCGAGGUUUGCGGGUUCCGAUGCGGAAGUGAGCGGCAGCAGGAGGGGCGGACGGGCUCCAGUGAGAGGAGCUGGUGCAGGGUGUAGUCCGGGCACAGACUGUGGUGUAUGGACCUGGAGGGGAGAGGCGGUCAGUCGGCGCGGAGGGUGAGUGGGCUUUGAUGCGGAUCUCACACUCACAGCCAGGCUGUGUUCCUCCCUCCGCUCUCUAGGAAGCAGAGCUGAGCAACAUGUGGUUUUAGAGGACCGUCCCUCUCCCAGGAGCACGAGUUGGCUGAGGGUGAUGGGAGUUACAGGUGCUGGAGGGAUAACCAGUCCCACUGUAGAGAGAGUCAGACAGGAUAUUAAAAUGUAUCAGAAUAUACAGACCUAGUCCAAGGAUUUAUUAAACUCUUCAUUUUACACAGUAUGCAGGAAGUGGUGACCUUUAUUUAUUGGUUAAAGCCUUCUCCAGUCGGUUUGUAAUGCUCUGUUACAGAAUGGUCAGCCACAGAGAAUGUUGUGAUUUAUUUAAUGCCCAUUUCCAAAUUAUUUGUCAUGUUAUGAAGAUUCGUUUUGUAACUGCAACAUAUGUCCCUCUUCUUUACGAUUAUACAUCAAGGUUGUAAUACUGUUUAAAUUUGUUUUUUGUUUGUUUACAUUAGCUAUUUUCUUAGGUAUAUGCCUUCCCAUGUUGAUGAAGAGUAUAGAUAAAAUACAGAGUUAGUUAAAAUGUUAGAAUUCAAUAUUAUAAAAUUAUUUAAUUCAAUAUGCUAUUAUGAGCCAGGAUGAGGUUGGAAGAUGUGUUCACCAACCUCUGUAAAGAUAAUAUAAUAGGAGCACUUUAACUGUUUUUUUGUUUGUUUUUUUUUUUUUAAAAUACAUCUCUGGCAUAUGUUUUCAGCCUGAGUGCUAACCUUCCACCAAAAUCUAGAAACAAAAGUCAGAGAUCCAUUCUUAUUCACCUUUUUCUCUUUUCAGUCCCAUUUCAUUUUGUUAGGUUUUUUUUUUUGCUAGCAUUCCCUAGUUAAGUACCAGCUUUUCUCCCUAUGUAUUUUCCCUUCCUACAUUUCCACAAACAUAAUAUUACCGGAAAGUAAUAUUUAAAUGUGUUAUUAGUUUCAAUAUGCAUAUUUAAUUGAAAUAAAAAUAUGUUGGUGGGACACGAUCUAUAAUCCUCUCACAUAUACACUAUCCAAUUUGCUGUCUGUCUCUGUCUGCUUAUAGCAUGACAUUUCUUAUACCAUAUCACCCUCAUUGAUAGAUACACAUACACUCACUCACACAAUGACAGAUAUAGAAAUACAAUCACAGCGUGUGUAUUGGUAUGUGUGUGUGCAUGUCUGGUAGUGUGUACUGUGUGUGGUGGUGUCUGUGCAUGAACAUGACUGUGACACGAUUGGGGGUGGGUGAAUGUGUAUGAGGAGUAAGUGUGGGGGCUACUUACAUGGUGGCUUAGUCAGGGGAGUGACUAGGGCGGUGUGAUAAUGUGUGUGUGUGAGGUGUAUCUACAAUUGGCAGCAUGAAAGGGUUAAAGGGCCACCAUAGGCACCAGAACCAGCCACCAGAGGGACUAACUGGGUUUCAGUCCUGUUAUUAUCUAUUAAAGGAACCGCUUAAUGUAGUUGUUCUGGUGAGCAUAGUAUGCCCCUGCAUGCUUUUUUUAUGUAAACGCUGAUUUUUCAGAGAAAAGACAAUGUUUACAUUCCAGUGGCAGUCACUCAGACGGCCACUAGAAGUGCUUCCUGUGUGCUGCACAAUCACUUUGUAUGGAGAUGCUGGACAUUCCUCAUAGAGAUGCGUUCAUUUAAUGCAUCUGUAUGAGGACAUGCUGAUCGGCCAGCGCUGCGUUUGGCUCCACCUUGAUCUGCCUCCUUGGCUGAGAUCAUCAGAAUUGACUAUCUCUGCCAAUCCAAUGCUUUCCCCUGGGAAAACAUUAAAAUGGCUGCGAUCGUCAAUUCUGGUGUCAACCAAGGAAGCAGACGGUGGAAAGGGCCAUCGCUUGUUGACCCACGUGACACUUGAAUAAAGGUUAGUUUUAAACUUAUUUAAGGUAAGGGCGGGGGCCUAAUGUGUGUUUUUAACACUAUAGGGCAGUGAUGAGUAACCUUGACACCAUAAAUUGUUUCUGGACUACAUUUCCCAUAAUGCUCAGCCUGCUUUUAGACUCUAAAAGCUAGCUAAGCAUCAAUGGAAAUUUAGUCCAGAAACAAUUUAUGGUGUCAAGGUAAGCCAUCACUGCUAUAGGAUCAGGAAUACACGUUUGUGUUCCUUUAAGCUUUAUUGUUAAACUGUUAAAAGAAUAACCCCCUACUAUUCCAGAAUCAUACAAAAGGCAAAAAAAUGGAUAGCAUAUUUGAGAAUGACAUAACAGUAUUUCAAUUUUAAUUCACACAAGGAGUAUCUUGGUUAAAGGGACACUAUAGUCACCUGAACAACUUUAGCUUAAUGAAGCAGUUUUGGUGUAUAGAACAUGCCCCUGCAGCCUCACUGCUCACUCCUCUGCCAUUUAGGAGUUCAACCCCUUUGUUUAUGAACCCUAGUCACACCUCCCUGCAUGUGACUUGCACAGCCUUCCAUAAACACUUCCUGUAAAGAGAGCCCUAUUUAGGCUUUCUUUAUUGCAAGUUCUGUUUAAUUAAGAUUUUCUAUAGCUUGCUAGACCCUGCAAGAGCCUCCUGUAUGUGAUUAAAGUUCAAUUUAGAGAUUGAGAUACAAUUAUUUAAGGUAAAUUACAUCUGUUUGAAAGUGAAACCAGUUUUUUUUUUUUCAUGCAGGCUCUGUCAAUCAUAGCCAGGGGAGGUGUGGCUAGGGCUGCACAAACAGAAACAAAGUGAUUUAACUCCUAAAUCGCAGUGAAAUUGCAGGGGAAUGAUCUAUACACUAAAACUGCUUUAUUUAACUAAAGUAAUUUAGGUGACUAUGGUGUUCCUUUAAGGUUUUGAUCCUCUAGUACAGAGGAAUUGAUCAAAAUAUUUAAUUCCCACUGAAUUACUAAAAAAAAAAAAAAGGUAGAUGAGGAUAAAAAGUAAUGUCACACUCCCCCACCCUGCCCAAGUAAAACUUUUGUUUAAGACCAAUAUAAUAAUUGAAGUGACUAAAAUAUCAAAUGUCUAUUCUCUCCAAUUUUUCUCCUUUUGUAUGAUUCUGGAAUAGCAGAGGAUUAUUCUUUUAAUAGUUUGUUGGCACUGAAGCUUAACAGAUAAUUGAGAAUAACAUUUAUUUGAAGCUGAAUAUUUUUUUUUUUCUUCAUACUCUAAUUUGGCCUUCAUUUUCUAACACCAUUGUCAACUCACUAGAUCAGGGGUGCCUAAAAGGUUGAUCCCCAGAUGUUGUAGAACUACAACUCCCAUGAUGCUUUGCAUGCAUUUAAAAUGCCUUUAGAAUGACAAAGCAUCUUGGAAGGUGUAGUUUUAAAAGAUCUGGGGGUCUACCUUUUCAGCACCUGUGCACUAGCCCAUUCUGUUUAAAGCAGAUUUAGACACACUCUUGUGAAGUAUUAGAUAGCAGAAUCAUAUCACACAGCAAUAAAAAAGCAAAAAAAUUUUUUUUUUUAAAUGGUCUUGUUGGGCAGAACAUGAGAAAAACACGAAGAGGCAGUUUAUGUUGGGUUGUCUGUCCAAGCAGGGGGGCUUUCCUGCUAGAUUAUUGAAGACUGCUUUUUGAGUAAUUCAAUAAGAAAAUUCAACCAGUUACUACAAAAAUAAAUGGAAGAUGCAGACCGUUUCUGAGGAUUAUUUGGCCACAUACAUUACAUGGCUACAUAUAUUACAAUGAUAACAUUCCUGCGUUAACUGCUAUAGGCCAGGAAUUUUCAGCAGCUGCUCACGAUUAUUCCCACUCUUUAUCCCAAGGCUGUCUAAACCAGCAUCAUGCAGAGCAGUGUUUCUCAAAGUAUUUUUUUUUUUAAAUGCCCUACAUAUAAUCUCAUCACAUUUCACUAAGCAUUGAAAUACCUUUCUGCCCUAUCAAAAGCAUCCAUAUAUAUUGGAUGAGAAUGUCUGCUAAAGAGCAUGUGUUACAUGUAGUUGGAUGCUGCUGCUCUUUACACCUCCCUUUGAGCUGCAGCAAGGCCCAGUUACAGCAUCCUGGUAUGCCUGUCAGAGAUACACUCCCUGCUUGGCACCAGCUUCCCCUAUGCAGCCCUAAAAGAAGAACAAACAAAAAAAUCUUUCUAUCCGACACCUGGAACUGCAUGUCCCAGGCAUUGGGCGAAAUAAGUUCCACAUACCUGAUACAAACUGCGUGCUUUAUUAUACAUAAUUGCAAUAUAUCAUGAUUACAUACAUGUACUACACACACACACACACUGCCUAAUACAUAGACAGACACACACACGCACAGACACUGCAUAUUACAUACACAUAUACCUUUUUAGUAUAGGAACAUCCCAUGGACCAUAACUACUACAGCCUGUUGUAGUGGGUAUGAUGGCAAGAGUGCCCUGGUGCCCUUUAUAGUAACUAGUCAAAACAUUUAAAGGCUUUCUCCAACCCUUUUUCACACAUACGGUAUUUUACCAUACCUAGCAAGAUUGCCCCCUCCCUAUAAAGUGAUAAGGUUUUAACUUAAAUAAAAAACCAGCGCCAGGCAAAGCCCCAGGCACUGUGCUCCGCUCCACAGCUUAAAGGGACACUCCAGUGUCACCAAGAAAAAUAAAAAUCACUGUUUAGUAGAUACACCCCAAAGCGACAGUGACACUUUUCAGCAAGCUAACAUUGUUUAGGGGUCUGUCGUGACCCUUUAAUGUGAGCGGUUGCCGUAGACAGGUUACAUUUUUAGUUGCGGCUACCCACCAAAGUGACAUGGUGACCUAUUUUGUGUUUGUGAACUAUUGAGAAAUUCUGGUUUAGCAAGUUUAAUAGGCUAGGGCAGGAAUGUCAGGAGAAGAUAAAAUGCUGAAACUUUAAUUAAAAAUCUUUAUUUUACUUGUUUACCAAUCACUACAAAGUUUUGAUUGUAUAACUUUUCAGACAUCUCGCCCAUCUCAUCUGUACAAUAGUUAUUGCUAGUUUAGAAUUCUGCCUUUUCGAAGGUUUUAUUAGAGGAUUAUUAAAAACAACAGUUUAUGUAUAACUGCACAGUGGUCUCUGCAAGGUCUUCGUCGAAUUGGAAUUCAAUUUUCAAGGGGGGGAAAUGUCUUUUGGGUGUGUCUGUGACAGCUGCACAAUACAACGAUUGACUGUGUAUUGUUUUCAAGCCUCUGUAGAGCUGAAAGUUUUCACAAAGAACAUGGUCAUCUGUAUCUCUUUCAGUAAAUAUUUCUAUGUACAAUUCCCUCCUCCUCCUCACCAUACACUUGUGGAGUAAUAAGGCUCUUUCAUAACCACAAGCUAAUUUUAGCUGCAUUAUUCAAUUUCCACUUUUUUGAACUAUGUCCUGUUACACCGCUUUUAUAAAACAUUUGUAAAUUGCUUAAGUAAAUACCAAUCUUGGCUUCUAGUCAUUGUUUUGUAAGCACACUUGCUAUAAAUAUACCUUUUGAAUAAUAAGUUGUAAACUACGGCUACAUUAGGAUAUAUGGGGUAGAAACUCAUUGGCUUAUUUGCUGUAUAGUGUGUAGUAAGAGACUGACUUAAUUCCCAUUCCCUGGUUUAGUGUUUAUUUUUUUCCCCUUAAAGUAAUAAAAUUUUUAUUAAACAUGAUCCAUGUUUUACAAGUUUUGCUUGCCAUAGCAUUUUCCUGAAGUUGGCUUCCUCCUCUAUAUAUCUGCUGCAGAGGGCCUGUGUGUAUCCAUUUCCUCCAGCGGUGCCAAGUGUGACCUCGUGUUGUAUGUUGUGGCAUGUGGUACUGUAAUGUGGUCCUGUUUUAUAGUUUAAAAGUGAUGAACUAUAAACUUGCUUAGAGCACCCAAAGCGGCUCACAUUUCCUAGAGUGAGCUAUAGCAGCAACAUUUUGUAAAAACCCUACCAGAGCUUUGUCAGGUGCCCGAAACACUUAGAUGUAACAUUCUCACUUUUAGGAAUACAAAGCCCUCUGUGCCCGGCCAAUGUAAAGGGUUAAGAAAAGGCCUUUAAACUCUUACCUGAUUCCAGUGUCCAUUUCCCUUGGCACUGGGUCAGGCUCCUUUUACUCAGACGUUGGCCAAUGGGGGGAACCAAAUGCACUGCGAGCACCAUGUGUGUAUUAGACCUUCUCCAUAGGAAAGCAUUGAUUCAGUGCUUUCCUAUGGGUUUUUUCAACCUCAUUAGAGGCACUUCCUGCAGUUUCACGGAGAUUGACUCAGUAAAACGACACUGGACGUCCUCAUGUGGAGUCAAACUCCAUGAAACUGCAGGAAGCACCUCAUGUGUUGUUGAAACCCCCAAAGUAAAGCACUAAAUCACUGCUUUACUCUGGGGAAUGUAGUAUAUGAAUUUGAUAGCAAGUUGACUAGCAAAAUCAAAUGUAUAGCUAAAAUACUAAUCAAUAUAAUGUAAUACUGACAUAUUGCUAUUGCAGUAGCCAUUUAAUCUAGCAAGGUGGUGUACAUGAUGUCAUUAUUCGAGCAUGGUGAAAACUCUAAUUUACAGACUGAUCUCAUGGAACAUCUGUAGUCUAUGAUGGCAGAACAUUCUCAACCUGUCCAUGCUCAUUUGGCAUAUGUGAGACUUGAGUAUCUCUGUGCUCUACAAUUAAGUUCAAACUGUUACACACAUGUGCUGUGAUUGGUGAUGUGAUAGUCACGGUUCACCAAGUUCACUAUGAAAGUGAGACUUUGGGUGUGGAAAAAGGUAGUAAACAAUAUAUGAUGGAGUGCAUGAAAUGGAAACUGAAAAAUACACAAAGGGUUAUAUCUUUAAAAAAAACAAGCCAUUCUUUCUCCAUUUUAUUUGAUAUAACUUACUAGACAAAAAGUUACUAGCACCAUCUAUCUCAAACCUUUAUUGAAGAUCUCAGUUUGGCAAAAAGCAGGAGUAGCCAUUCUUUGGCACUCCAGAUGUUAACUACAUCUCCCACAAUGCUGGCAAAGCAUCAAGGGAGAUGUAGUCGACAACAACCCUGGCAUAAAGUAUUAAACCAGAAGAUUUCAUCUCCUCACUGGGGCAAUUCAAUAGGGACCAGAGAGAAUCAAAGGAAAUGUAUAGUGGUAUUGCUUAUACUUCAAGAAUAUUGUGAACAAGGCUACAAGCAGUGCAGUGAGCACAUAAAUAUAACUAGCAUGACCAGCUCACCCAGCGCAUUUGUCCUUAUCCAGACUCCACCGAUAUAUGUGGAGAAAGGUAGUACUGUCCUUUUUGCCCUUCUGUUAUCAAAUAUCAGACCUCCCUUCAGCAAACUAAGUCUUUAUCUCACCACACCAUUGCUACUUCAGUUAAGUUUCUCAUUAUCUUCUGAUCCAGAGUAUUACUGUGCAAAAAGUUUGUUUCUUCACAUAAAUCUCCAUCAAGUUCUGAUACCCUGAAGCUCUCUGUGUGCUCUGUUAAAAUGUUUGAAAAUAGUAUGAAUGGAUCACCGUAAUCCCCACAGUCUGUUCUCGCUUCAGUCUGCUACUAUUAAUUUCAUAGGAGCAUGGAUGGCAGGGCUUAAUGUAACUGAGCUAGGGACCCAGUGUAAGAUAAUGUAUUUUAGCAAUAUAUUUCUUCUUUAACCAUUGAUUUGCCAGUGUUUGAGAAAAGAAUGACUACUCAGUGGGCCUGUUGGUUACAAUUUUUCAUUGCAUGUAAAGGACCAGGAGUGGAUAGGGACAUCACUAUUAUCCCUACUUCACUAUCUUUGUUUUUAAUGGAAAAGCCUCACGCUUCAUUACUCUGGUACUUUCCAUAAAUUUGGCAAUCUCCCCUGUCUGACAUUCAUACUAAUGCCAUCAGAAAUUUUCUGUAUACAUUUAUAGUUUUGUUUACAGAACAUUUUAAUGUAAUGAUGCCUUUUUGUAUUUUUUUUUCAAUUUUAUUUCCAGAUAAUUCAAUGUGUGAUUAUGCUCUAAAAUAGCAAACUUUGAAUUUCCUCUGGAUGGAUUGCUUCUAGUACAGGAGGCUGGGUGACAGAUUAUCCGAUCAGCAACUUGUUAUUUAGAAUUAAACAUCAAUUGUUGGUCCUUUUCUCAUGUCCAAGGGAGAAAUACUGCAUGAGCCCAAUAUGCUGCUUCCUUUGAAGUAUAUUUAUUGUACUUGGGAUUUUAUGUUGAUGUGAAACGGGAAAGGAAGGUUACAUUAUUAUUCAGCUAGUUUUGUACUUUCGUUUUAGAGGUUGUCUUUUCUCCUUGGUUACCCAUGUGUUUUGCAGACCGCAAACAAACACCUCAUUUGCCCAAUAUAGACAUUUACACAUCUUGUAAGAUUGUUACAAUAAGUGCAAAUGGUACGUUAUUUGUUUCCCCACUUCCUUUUUUUGCUUUUUGUAUAUUUAUAUUUGUUUACCCAUCAUUUUCUCCAGCAGUUACUAGAGUAAAUAUAUUUGAAACAAAAUCUUGACAUAUGCAGUAGAAAUUGCUUGCACGUUUUAUACAAUAUACUCAUUGGAGACAACUUUGUAAUUGGAGUGUUAAGAGUUGAAACUGGUAUUUUUCUUUUUUCCUGUUAAUGAGAGCAGAUUAAAAUUACAAUUUGCUUUACUGCCCAGGGGCAUUGAGUAGAAGUGGGACUUUCUACACAUGGAUGGUGCACGUUUACUAAAUUUUGUCUGAUGCUCUAGAAUUACAGUUUACCGAAUAAAUUGCCUCAUCUGAAUAAAAUUUCUCCAGAGUGCCUGCAUACAUCUCAGUGUGCGUGUGCAACUGCAAACUCAUGGCUUGGUUCUGAACUGCAUUGGGGAAAGCCUUUUAAAAUUACUCAUCCAAUGUUACGCUUUUUCUUCUUGAAACCUUGUUUAGUCUAUAAAUCAAUCAAUUCUGUUUUCAUCCAUUUAAUUUGAACUUAAAGGAUCACUAUAGGGUCAGGAACACAAACACGUAUUCCUGACUCUAUAGUGUUAAAACCACCAUCUAGCCCCCCUGGUCCUCCUCAUGCCUCCAUAAAUAUAGCAACAUCAUACUGUAUGCAAGCCUGAAGCUGUAACUCUGCAUGGUGUUUGACUCAGAAUAGUCAAAACCUGUCUGCUGACAUUAUCAUAAGUGGUGGCCUGAUCCAUCAGAAUGCAUCCCCAUAUGAGACUGACAAAGAGGCAGAUCAGGGGCAGAGCCAGCAUGAUUCAAAUACAGCCCUGGCCAAUCAGCAUCUCCUCAUAGAGAUGAAUUGAAUUAAUGAAUCUCUAUGAGGAAAGUUCAGUGUCUGCAUGCAGAGGGAGGAGAUAAUGAAUGUUUGGAUGCAUUUUAGGCAGCCAUGACCCAGGAAGGAUCUCUAGCAGCCAUCUGAGGAAUGGCCAUUGAAGUUAUCACUAGGCUGUAAUGAAAACAUUGCAUUUUCUCUGAAAAGACCGUGUUUACAGUUAAAAGCCUGAAGGUAAUGAUUCUACUCACCAAAACAAAUUCAAUAAGCUGUAGUUGUUCUGGUGACUAUAGUGUCCCUUUCAAUGUUAUACUCUAAGCCUGCGAUGGUGAACCUGUGUGGCAUGUUUGCCAGUGUGGACACGCAGAGUCCUCUUUGUUGACACGCAAGCCAUAGGUUGACCACAUCGCGGGUACUUAAGUGUACCUGCUUGCAACUUUUCGAAUGUCUGUACAGCUUCUGAUGGAUGUGACUGCUCGCAUGAUUGAGUUGCAAAGCAUGGGGCAUGUCUCAUAAUUUUCUCCAGGGAGGAGAUGUGUCCUGCUUCAUCUUCUGUGCAAAUUUAGAGUUUUAUUUAUUUGGCUCUUUCCAAUUGCUAUGCACACUGACUGACCGUUAUAAGUAGUAGACUUACAGGUCUGUUCACUUAAAUGUGAAUUACCCAUUUACUUUUUAGUAAAUAGAACCUUUAUUUUAAACAGAGGGUUUUUUUUUAUUUAUUUUUUUAUUUCUUAAAUUUAUUAGUUGAUGGUCACAGUCAGACAGUUGUGUGAAGUAGUUUUAAAAAAACAAAACAAAAAAACCCUUCCAAAACCAUUUAAUUGCAUUGUUGGCACUGGUAAUUUAUUUGGUUUCGUGUUGCAAUUUGGGCACUCUGGCUCAAAAAGGUUUGGAAUUACUACUCUGAGCAGUAUAAUCCCCUCCGCUACUGAAGUGGUUUUGUUGCCUAAAGUAUCAGGACAGCGUCCCGUCUUUUAUGUCACACUGUUUUAAGUGGUUUGGCAAAACAGGGGCACUUCAAGGAGACAGGAGACUACCCCCUCUUAAACUACAUUAAAAAGCAUGAUUAGUGCCAAUUUAGUGUGUGUGUGUGUGUGUGUGUGUUUCUUCUGUAAGCAAAUAUAUUUUUCUCUCCUCCCCCCUCCAAAAAGGGUUAAAAUACCCAGUGAUAAAGUAAAUGAACAAUACUUUAGAAUAUUAAAAUGUUUGUUGAAAAGGAAUACUUUAGAACCAGUGCUAUUCUGCAGAACGGCAAUAUUUCCAUUGCUUGGCUUAAAUGCCUCUAGGGUCUGUCAAUCAGCCACUGGAGGGGCUUUUUUGACAAUCUUUGUUUUAUUUUUUCACAUAGGAGAGAAAUAGAAAAGGAAAACUUAAAGCAUGUGUCAUAAUUUUGGUCAUAUGUAUUAUGCAUCGGUGGUCUUACUGUUAGUUCAGUGGAUACAGGGAGUGAUGCGCUUUACAGAGCUUAGUAUCUGAGUCGAGCAAUAUUUCGUGUGCCUCUGAUUUGGUCUUGGGCUAAACAUUACGGCCAUCAUUUGGUAGGUGUAUUUGGGCUGCAAUUGCGUUCAAAUUUGUGUUCGGUUGGGGAGGUCGUGGAAAGGGGAGGGGGUAGCUGGGAAGGGUGGCUUUGAGGGAUAAGAUUGUGGGAAGAUGUAGAGGACGCGAGUGUUUGAGAGAGAGGGAAGAGACAGAAAGAAACAAAAGUAAAGGGGGAAGGGGGGAGGGAAGAGUGUGUGGCAUAGUCUUGUGGGUGAUAUGGCUCUCCCCUGCUAUGGAAGUCUAGGUGUGUCUCUGCUCUGUCAUGGGUUGCCCUCUGGCUGUAAAACUCUAUUUCUAUUAGGGAUCGACCGAUUAUCGGUUUUACCGAUAUUCGAUAUUUUCGGCAAUAUCGGUAUUGGCCAAUAUAGAUACCGAUAUUGCCGAUAAUACCUCCUCAUUACAAGCCCGGCGGUCCUGGGGGGGGGGGGCUGCAGGUAGCGUUUACUUACCUCCCCUGCAGCUCCUCCAGCUCCCAGCGAGACCCUCGACCGUCAGAGCGCUACCACGGGUUACCAUGGCAAUGCUCUGCACGGCACUAAGGGCCGCAAGAUUUACACUGGGAGCUGGAGGAGCUGCAGGGGAGCUAAGUAAACGCUACCUGUGCCCCCCCAGCUCAGCCAAUGCCACUGUCAGGGACUGUCAUAUCCCCCCUCCCUGACCAGGUAACAAGCAGGGAGGGGGGACAACAAAAAUAAUAAAACAUAAAUAUUAAAAAUAAACAUAAAUAUUAAAAAUUAAAAUAAACAAAUAUUAAAAAUUAAAAUAAAAAAAAUACCCCUCCCCCCCAUUUUACACAAAUCACAUCCCUUCAGGAAAACCCACACACACACACUGCAUUAUAUACACACACUACACACUCUGUAUAUAACGCAGAGUGUGUAUAUAGUGUAGUGUGUGUGUGUGUGUUUUUAAUGCACACACCACACACACUGCAUUAUGUACACACACACACUACAAACACUGCAUCAUAUAUACACACUACAUUAUAUACACACACACACACUACACACUGUAUUCAUUAUAUACACACACUAUACAGACACUGCAUUCGCUAUACACACUAAACACUGCAUUCACUUUACACACACACACUGCAUUCCCUUUAUACACCACACACUACACAAACACACACUCUGCAUUCAUUAUAUACACACUACACAGUCACUGCAUUAACUAUACACACUACACAAACACACCCUGCAUUCAUUAUAUAUACACUACACAAAUAUACACAGCUCCACUGUCUAAACACACUGCAUCCAUUGCAUGUGGCUUUUAUAUUUUGCGCAUUUACCUUUUAGAAAUAAUUUAUUUUUUCAGAAUGGUAAUUGUACAGAAUAUCGGCAAGUUAUCAGCUAUCGGCCUGAAAGUUAACAAAUUAUCGGUAUCGGCUCUAAAAAAUCAAUAUCGGUCGAUCCCUAAUUUCUAUCAAAUAGACUAUGUGAUUGGUGCAGCAUUUUGCAGUGCAUAUUCACUUGUCUAUAGGAAAGCAUUGGAUUGGCUGACAACAUUGAUCUUGAUAAUCUCAGCCAAUGAUGAUCUUGCUGCAGACAGAGACCGGGGACAUAUAUGUCCAACAGGGCACUAUAGCGUUCUACAUGUUAAUAGAGGCAGCUAUUACUUUGCCAAAUUGUUGUUCUUAAUUUAUUUCUUGAAUGAAAGUGCUCAUGUCAGCUAAACUACAUAUCCUAUUAUGGAAUAUGAUAGCACUCCACUGACCCUAAAAGAAGGAGCAAGAUUGACUAAAAAAAAAUCCACUAUUUCCUGUUCUCUGUAAACUCUGGAGAUUUUCAGGAGAAGUGAGAGGCAGUUGAAUCACAGAUUUGCCACUAAAAUAGCAUAGGAACUGUUUUGUCUUGUAAAGAGGCAUGUUAACACAAGAGAUCAAUUUUAUGCUCUGUUGAUUAAGGUAAAUGUCUACUUUCUGCUUUACUUGCUUUGAUAUAGGCAAAGACCGUUUCUCUCAAGAUAUGCAGCCAACUGUUUAUUUUUUUGGAGGGGGAGGAAUGGUUUUUUUCUUCUUCACUUUUUUUUCACAAACAGUCAGACAAAUCCUGCUAUAAUUGCCCAUUUUUUUGUGUUACAAUGUAAUAUUAUAUUAUUGGAAGACGAGACCACACCAAUGUUAACAAAAUGCUUGACUGAAUGUAAUUGUCAUAUUUAGAUUUUUUUACAUCUGCCUUGUCUGAUUUUCUAAAUACUAUCUUAAAAGCCUGCAUUAAAAAAAUAAAAUGUUUUUAUACAACGGAGGUACAGGCCGUCAAAAUGCGCACACAGACUGCUGAAAGAAAUGUAAUUGACUUACAAAAAGGACUAAAAGCAUUGAGUGACAACAAACAAAUACACAUACUAGAUGACAGGGGCAGGAGAAAGAACAUAAAGGUACGGGGAAUAGCAGAGACCGUACCCCUAGAAGAAUUAUCACACUUCAAAAGAAGGUUGGUGGCAUCACUACUGCCAGCAAGAGAAGCUAAAUACUUCUCCUUUGAUGGGGCUUACAGAAUAGCCAAAUCCCCACGGGCCCCCGCAACUGCACCACGAGACAUCAUCCUUAGGUGUCAAGCAUUGUCCAAUAAGUUAAGCCUGCUAGCGGCGAUAAAAGGGAAGACGCCAUAUAACUUUGAGACCUGUAAAAUCUCCUUCUUCCAAGAUCUUAGUAGAGCUAUGCUACAGUGGCGAAAAAACCAUGCAGCCCCUCACACAGACCCUACAAAAAGAAGGCCUGAGCUACAGAUGGGCGACACCGCAAACACUGUGGGUCACCAAAGACGGAAAGUUCUAUAAGGCCUCAGACCCUGCAGACGCUGCCGAACUCCUGGCGGCACUGGACUUACAACCACAAUGCAACCCAAUUCACGAACUGCCUGAAACACAACCCCGAAUGGACAUUAACUCGGAUACAUCCUCACCCAAUCACAGAAGAGGCAGGAGGCCAAAGAUGUGACCCAACCCACACGCUUGACCAUCUCAUACGGCAGUGGCAAAUACGAGACUUUUUUUUUUUUGUUACAAAAUUUUGCACUCUUAACACUACAAGUUUUGUUUAAUUUGUCUACUCUUAUAUGCACUAACGCAUAGUCACUUUGCUUUUGUUGAGACAUUCAAAGGGUACACACAGCGCUCACACCAUGCUUGGGAACUCUUCCCCCAAAAACAUGUUGUUACAUACAAUGUUUACUCAUGUAUCAGACUAGACUGCAUAGAAUGUAUGUACGUUGCAUGCAAAUCUGCACCCAAAAAAAAAGUUUUUAUAUAUACAGUAAAUACAAAUCUGAUCACUUAUAUAUAUAUCUCAUUAGAUAGUCAAAAAAUACUUAACUUUUAACUUUAGCAAGCAUCUGUGCUUCUUUUAAUUAGUUUGCUUUUCUUUUGCAGUUUAGGGAUCAGCUCCACAGAAAUGACGGAAUAUAAACUAGUGGUGGUUGGAGCCGGUGGUGUUGGAAAGAGUGCCUUAACAAUUCAGCUGAUACAGAACCACUUUGUUGACGAAUAUGAUCCAACUAUAGAGGUAUGCUUAUAAUGGACAUUCAUUGGUUACAAAAGUAUGUUUGCAUGUAAGACUGUACAGCCGUAAUCUGUUAUAAUGGAAUCAUGUUUUUGUUUUAAAGGGUCAGUCUAAGCUCCAUUAAGCUCUUUGCAUACUGGCACUUAGAGCACCUGGAGCCUACUCUCAUUUAAGCGAGGCAGCAUCUUCCUAAAAUAGCUGCUGCUACAAGCUGUCAGCCAAAUAAAUCGAACAAUCUAACAUUAACAUUAAAGUAUUUUUUCAUAAAAAUAAAUAAAACCAACAAAAGAACCAUUUAACUAAUUUCCCCCCCCAGUAUUGAUAUUGUCUCUGCUCUCCAGACCACCUCUUAGGGGGGAUUCAGUUAAUCCGGAAGUAUUUCAGCAAGCUGAAAUGUUUAAGGGAGCCUUGUCCCUUUAAUUCUAGAAUGUCAGUGUCAAUAUUUUCCUUAUAGUGCAUGCAGCACGCACACUCCACAUGCUACUUGCCAGAGUAUUGUUCCACAGCAGUGUAAACUGCAGCUGCAAAAAAGGCAACUAACCUAUCUCUAAUAACUGACAAUUUUAUUAUAGUAAAUAAAAAAAAUUUCACUUAAAAUGCUUGACAAUGUAUUUUUAAUUUAUCUAAUGCAUAGAAAAAUAUGAUGUCAGAUCAAACUUUAUAUUAAUAAAAAAUUUAUAUAUCUAAAUAUUAUAAAUGAUUAGCUUGUGAUUGAUUUUGUGAAGUAGACAACUCUAAUGAAGGACUGACCAGGAGUAAUGCCCAGGGAUCAAGAGGGAUUUGUCCCUUAAAACAAACUACCCCUCACCAAAAAAAAUAAUCUGAACUGUUUGCUUAUUGUAAAUAUCUAUAUCUAACACAUGUAACAGUACUGCAAAAUUCCUUAGUACUAACAGAGCAGGUUUUUGUAAAUACAGGAAAUCAUUCCAGACUUGUGCGAUGCCUGGUUGUUCCAAUUUAUAUUUUCUGAGGUUUCUUAUUGGGCAACUGAAGUUGAUAAGUGCAAAAUUCAGCAAUAUUGUUUAAUGUAUGUGUACAUUGCCAUAGCAACAUAGCAUCCCUGCCAGCUUCCUGAGAGCAAAUGAAAAACUCUGUUUUUGGCAUUUACAGUCCACCAUGAAAAUGUGUCUUCUGUAUUUUAUAACAUAAAAUAAUUAUUAUGGUUUAAUUUUCACUUCUUGUAUAGAAAUGUAGAAAAUGUGUUCUAUCACAGAUGGUGAAUGCAUCCAGAUUUCACAUGGCAACCUCGAUAUACACGUUUGUUACUAAAUUAUUUAUAGUUGUUAUUGUUCAAUCUCUUUAAUGGAACACUCCCAGCACCACAACUACUACUGUGCUCUGGCACCCACCCAUCCCGAUUGAAAGGAGUCAUUCCAUUUUAGAUCAGUUUGACUUCUUACCUGGGACUGCUGGAUACCGCUCUCUAUCUCAAUAUACUCUCCCUGAGCUAAGUUCAGCUGUACAGAACCAAAUUUGUUGGAUGGGAACGACCAGCUGAUGUUCUCAGCCAAUGAGCUAGUCCUGCAUUUGCUUUAGAGAGGUAACAGAAGCUUCUAUUUUGGAGAUUCCAGCACUCCAUGGGAAAUAUUGGAAGUGGGGAUCGGUGCCCUGCAGACCAAAGGUAAGAAGUCAAACCAUUCUAAAACAGUUUAAUGUCUGAGAGUGAGGUGGGGUACCAGGGCACUCUUAGUACCAAAACAGCUACAUCAAGUUGUGGUGAACGUGUAAAAUUUGAACAGGGUCAGCUCCUACAUCUUUGCCUUUUAGUAGGGCCAGAACGUAAAAUUAUGUUGUGAAAAUUGUAGAUGUGCUCUUUAGCAAUCCCUGUUUCAGAGGGGUAACAUUUCCUUUGCUGUUUGCUUAUGGCUCCUAUUGAUUUUGUUACUGCCACUGGAUCACUAGGUGUCUGUUGAACUCUUUCAGUGGUAUAUAAAACUAUAUGAAUUGUCAGGACUUCACAUUGAAUUUCAAGCUUUAAGAGAAACUAGCUGAGUUGUAUAAGAAAUAAAAAAAAAUAUCCACAAAGUCAGCUAUGUUUCCAGUUUGGCUUUUUUAAACUAACGUCAGCUUAGAUUUGAAUCCCUAACAGUUCACACUUUAGUGAGUAACCCACAUAGAGAUAUAUCUGCCUGCUCUCAGAUACCCACCAAAUCUAUACAUUUUAAUGAACUCCUCACACAAGCACACGUGACUGAUUACUAAUGCAGGAGAAGUAAACGGGGAACUCUUGCGAUAUCGUCUACCUGCAGCUCCCAAUGAAUCAUAACAGUUUUAGUCCAACAACAGCUGCAAAUGUCCAAUCUGCUGCAGUGUUUAAGUAAAUUGUCUAUUAAUGGCAGGUUGGAUUUGUACACAGCUACAUUUCCGUAUCUCCCUGUGUAAUGGGAAAUCAUAAUGUUUCCUGUUUAGGAAAAUGCUCAUAAACAAAAGUGUUAUUAAAACAUUUACUGAAAUACUCAAAGAAUAUCCAGCCUCUGCCUUUCCAUUUCUGAGUGGUGAAGUAGAGGUUAUUUAUCCAUUUUCCAUUACUGGAUCUUGUUGUCCACAUUCAUUUAUUAUUGUGCAGGAUUCGUACAGGAAACAGGUCGUGAUUGAUGGCGAGACAUGCUUGCUGGACAUCUUAGAUACUGCAGGUCAAGAGGAGUACAGUGCCAUGCGUGACCAGUACAUGAGGACUGGAGAAGGCUUCUUGUGUGUGUUUGCCAUCAACAACAGCAAAUCAUUUGCAGACAUUAGCAUAUACAGGUACUGGAUCAUGUCUAACACACCUGUACUCAUGUAUCAUGAUCUCCCUUAAUAAUGCCUGGAAAUUCUCAAUGUAAUUAAACUGAAGUACUGCUUUAUUAUAAUAAUACAGAAGAGAAUAAAGUGGUCUACUUAAAUCAAUAGUGUUACAUUUAUUGGACUUUAUUUAUAUACAGUACAUUGAGAAUGUAUCCACACCCCUUCAUUUUUUCACUUUUCUUAUGCUAGAAUUUCAGCUUUAUGCUACAAUUGUUUAAUAGAUCUGUAAAAUUUCAAAAAUCUGUUUUUUUUGUUUUUGUUUUUUUUUUUGCUUUUCCAUUAUGGGGAAGAUUGAUGUGGAAAAUAAAAAAAUAAAUAAACAAAACACUGAUAUAUCACAUCGACAUAAGUAUUUAGUUGCAGCACUUGUUGCAGCAAUUACAGCCUCAAGUCUUUUUGGGCAGUUUCUGCCAUUCAUCCCAAGCUAUGUCAGGUUGGGGAGACUUUGUGGACAGUCAUUUUCAGCUCAUAAACUAGCUGGGCCACUUAAUCACAUUUACAGAGUUGUCACAAAGUCACUCUUGAAUUGUGUUUGCUGUGUGCUUAGGGACAGUGUCCUAUUGGAAGGUGAACCUUUAACCCAGUCUGAGGUCCUGACCAUCCUGGACCAAAUUUCCAUUAGCAGAUCUCUGUAUUUUGCAUUCAUCUUUCCCUCAACUCUUAAGUCUUCCAGUCCCUACUGCUGAAGAACAUCCCCGAAGCAUGUUGCUACCACAACCACACUUCACAUUUGGAAUGGUAUUACAAAGGUGAUAAGCGGUGCCUUGUUUUUCCUGACAUGAGCCUUUGAAUUGGGUUCAUUCUUCAUUUUAUCAGGACAGGGAAUCUUGUAGGUGCCUUUUUGCAAAUAGCAAGUGGACUUUUAUGUCUUGCAGUGUGCUAGAGCGGCGGAGUUUUGCAAUGAUGGUAGUCUUUCCGCAAGUUUCUCCCAUCCACCACUGAGCUUUUGGUCACCUCUCUUACCUUCUCCCACUGGUUGCUCAGUUUAGCCUGGCCGCAGCUUUAGGAAGAGUUCUUGUUGUUGCAUACUUAUUUUUUUAAGAAUUAUGGAGUCCACUGUGUUCUUGGCAACUUUCAAUGCAGACAACAACAAAAAAUUGUAGUGUUCAUCAGAUCUGUUCUUUGGAACAAUCCUGCCUCUGAGCUCUGCAAUCUGGUAUUUUGACCCCAUGGCUUGUUUUUUGCUUAUAUGUAUUUGCAGCUUAUAUAGACCACUCUAUGCCUUUCAAAACCCUAUUCAAGCCAUGGCAACAGUCAUUCGUAAAAUCAGAGAUACAUAUUUAAUGGAUAAAUUUAUAUUUACCUGCCUUCCAGAAGAUGUGGCUCUCUGCUUCAAAUGGUUUCCUGGUGCUGAUCCCUUCCAGAGAGCCACUUUGUUCUCUUUACAUAACCUCAUUCUCUUCUUCUCCUCUCUGGUCUUCUGCAGGACGUUUUCUACCUUUCUUGCGAAGCAGAUGCAAGAUAUUGUACAAUAUUAUUUGACCAAUUCCAUUGUGAUGCUAUGUUAUAUUGCACCUGUACUUGAAUAAAAAGCUUAGAGAAAAAAAGCACGUUCAAGCAAUUGAAUUUGCACCAGGUGAACUCCAACUAAAGUAGAAAUAUCUCAAAGAUGAUCCAGAAAAAUAGUAUGCUUCUGAGCUAAAUUUCAAGUGUCAUAGCAAGGGGUUUAUAUGUCAAUGGCUAUUAUUAUUAUUAUUAUUAUAUUUAUGUAGCGCCAACAAAUUCCGUAUCGCUUUACAAUGGAUGGACUAACAAACAUGUAAAUUUAACCAGAUAAGUUUGACGAACAGAAACAGAGCGGUUGAGGGCCCUGCUCAGUGACCUUACAUAUUUAUUUUGUCGGUUUCCUCUUUUGUUUUAACAAAGUUUUUAAAAAUGUUGUUUUUUUUUUUUUGCUUUAUCAUUAUGAGGUAUUGAGAGUAGAUUGAUGUGAAAAAAAAUAUUGAAACAAUUGUAGCAUAAAGCUGCAACAUAAACCAUUUGAGAGAUUUUUUUUUUUUAAUGAUUGUAAUACUUUCUGAAUACACUGUAUGUAUAUUGGCCCUACCCUCUUAUCCCGUCUGUUAAAUCACAUUUGAUUUUGUUUUGUGUGUGUGUGUGUGUGUGUAGUGCCCACAUGUAUCAACUUGCUGUAUAUGUAUAUAAACAUUUGAAUUACUAUGACUUUGAAAUCUCAUCUCCUGUUUUAUAGAGAGCAGAUAAAGCGUGUGAAAGACUCGGACGAUGUCCCCAUGGUACUUGUUGGUAACAAAUGUGACCUUCCAACAAGAACCGUAGACACAAAACAGGCUCAGGAGCUUGCCAGAAGCUAUGGCAUCCCAUUCAUUGAGACCUCUGCAAAAACAAGACAGGUAUUGAUAAUUGUAACAACUAAAACAAAUGUACUCAAUUGCAAUUAUUUAUAUAGAACCUACAUAAUCCACAGCACUGUACAAUAGAUAAACCAAGACAAACAAUCAUGACAAAACAUUUUAACAUAAAGGAACAGUAGGUGAAUAGUGCCCUGUGCAAACAAGCAGACAAUCUAAAAGCUGCAGGCCCAUUUUUUUUUAUUUUUUUUUUGAAGAAAAAAAAAAAAGUUUUGUUUUAAGAGCUUUGUGUUUUGGAUAUCAUGCUUUGUUGUAUGUAAUAUAACUUCAAUGGAUGUUUUAUACCUCGUAGAUAAUGAAUUAACCAGUCAAACCCCAAACAUCCAUCUAAACACAUGUUUUCUCACCGGGUUAAUCGCUAACAAGUAUUUUUAAGCAUUCAAAUUAACUUCAACUUUUAGGCCACAUUAAAUCUUACCUGCAAAAGUCAGCUCUGUUUUUGGACCUGAAAUGUAAAAUUCAAUAUGAAUUCACUUUGAAUUACAAAUAAUUCGCACUUUAGCGAAUAACUGUGCUCCGUUUCUUGCUCCCUGGAUAGAGGUGCCUAUGACAUAUAUCAUAACAUACUAUUUCCUUGGUGGUUAAUCACCAAACUCUAAAAUAUGGGAAAUUGAUAUCUUAAUGGCAGAAUUCAGGCUAAAAUACGCAAGCUGUGACUAUAGAAGUGUUGGAAAUCCACUAUAUUUCCUUAAUAUUUACCACGCAAACUGCAGUUCAGUGUACUGAAUAAAACAUCCUUUUGUGUUUUCCUUUGAGUAUUUUUGCUUCAUUCUACUUUCUCGGUACACAACGCGGAGCAUAAAAAACGCUCCUCUGACAAACAUGCAGAGAAUUUACGAAAACUAUUUGUCCUCAGGGUGUUGAGGAUGCUUUCUACACAUUGGUUCGAGAAAUCCAUCAAUACAGAAUGAAAAAACUGGACAGCAGUGAAGACAGCAACCAGGGCUGUAUCAGAAUGCCCUGCAGUCUAAUGUAGCCUGGUAAGUUAGCAUUCCCAAAUGUUGUAAGGAGAGUGUAAUCUGUUUUUUCUCUCUGUGUAGACCAAAACCUUCUAAAGCUUGCAGAAACUCCCAAUAUGUGGUCAUGGUGCCUUUUGUUUUCGUUUGUUUGUUUAUCCCCAUUACUCUGUUGGAUCUUGUCUCCCUACAGAUUCAAUCAUGAUACAUGUCACCCAUCUUCAGUUUACCCUGCAGUCCUAUAUGUCUCUUUCAGGUCCCUCGCCCGGUUCUCCAUUGGGUCUCCAAAAUAGUUGAUUUCUAAACAGUCAUCUGACAAAGAAUAUUGGGAGCUAUAGAUCAAAAUAAACUGGGGUCCCCAGGUCUUUUUAAUAGUUGUCAACUUUCUUGAACAAAGCAAUCUUUUGUAACAAGAUUUCACGUCUUUGUAGAAAGUAUUUUUAGGAGAUAAUUCUUUCUUUCUAGUAUUUUCACUGGUUUGUUUUCUCUCUACAGGCUUUCCUGGAGGGGGAUGGAAUUAAAUAAACUGCACCUUCUACCAAAAACCAAAACAAAGAAACCACUUGCACAAAUGCCACCAGAGUUUUUUUUUUUUUUUUUUUAUAAAUAUAUAUCUAUCUAUAUAUAUAUAUAGAGAGAGAUUUUUUUUUUUUUUUGUGCAAACAUCUUACCUCAUCUAUUGAUGGUUGGAUCACUGAACAUUUUCUGUGCCCUCCAUAACCUUGUGGCUUUACUUGGAAUUUAUAGAUUGCAAUUUUUUCUUUAUUUUAUUUUUUAUGCCAAAAUGUUCUUUUUAAAUUUAACCUUGAAUGAUGAGACUGACAAUAAUGGGAAAGUGAUUUAGCUAUGUGUUUUGGUGAGUUACCGACAAUCUGCAUCUCAAGGAUUUUACAACUUUACUGAACAGUAUCUUCUUCCCAGAGGAUCAUUGCAAUUCGUGUUUACUAUAUCCUGUGUGUUCUCUCAGAAAAUUAUAGUAAGCACUCUUGCAUACUUUAAAUAUUAUUUUGCCUUCCCACUGCAAGGCUGCAUCACAAUCGAUAUUGGCUGAUCACCUUCCAACUAUGAGCCUGCAUCACAAUGGAUAUCAGCUAACUAUAUGAUAUACAAAAAUAUGUAUUUCCUACCUGAAUCUUCAAAACAUUUUGUUAAAAUGGCAAAUGGUUUGGUUGGGGGUAUUCCAAAUGAAAUACUUUAAAAAAAAAAAAAAAAAAAAUUAUUUUCCAUUUUCAUUUUUUUUCCUCUCUCGCCCUCUCCCAGCCCCACCUUCCCAUUACAUUUUAGUGUACACUGGUCCUUAGAGUGGAGUAACACUCUUUAGUUUGGACUAAAGAGGACGAUUAAAGUGUUGGAGAAGUAGUAAUUACAUGCUACACAAUUUAUGCUGUUUCAUAGCAAUUCCAAAAUGCCUUACCUGUCAUAAGGCCAAAACCAUUUAAACAUCCUGGUGGCCAUGAAGCGAAUGACAAGAAACAUAGACAAAUAUGUGAUAUAUUGUAUAUGACAAUACCUUUUUCUAGUAUGUUUAUAUGGAAAAUGAAAGAUGUAUUCCUCUUUUGCAAGACAAAAGGGGGUGUUUAGUACUCUUUACAUAUAUAAUCUGAUUUUAUUGUGGGGUUUUGUUUUUCACAAAUAGUAAAUUAAUGGGACACUGCCAUGAUUUUUUAUUAUCCUAUAAUUAUAUACUUGUUUUAAAUGUAAAAAAAAUAUACAUAACCUGACAAUAAAACACUGAUUGUCACAGCCACACAUAACAACUUUAGUUAAAAAUGUAUAUUAUUAGUAUGCAUCCGUGUGCAUUUACCUAACCCAACAUUAAUCAUAAUCUGUCCUGUUUACUUUGUAAAUAACUUGUGUUUAACACAGAAUCCUCACGUGUGAUGAUUUGAGAAAGAAAACAAUGAUGGUUCAUUAAUAGAUAGUUAUAGGGUAUUUGUUUUUUCCAUACCAUGUAUAUGUACCAGAAGCCAUUGAAAUUAUACCUGUCUAACCUGUUGCAAACAUUAAAGGAUCACUAUAGUGUCCGGAAAACAAACCAGUUUUCCUGGCACUAUAGGGUUAUUAGGUCCCCCCUUCAGCCACUUACCUUUACCAAGCGCCGGGCUCCCUCGGUGCUGGUGACCUCUCAGACGUCGGCUCCCGUGUGGAGCCGAAUGCGCUUUCCUUUGCAAGAGCCGCGCGCGCAUUAAAAAAGCCCAUAGGAAAGCAUUGCUUUUUUUAUGGACGUUCUGCAUGCUCACUGUGAUUUUCGCAGAAGCGGCUGUCAGGAAGACAGCCACUAGAGGCUGAAUUAACCCUGCAAUGUAAACAUAUGUUUACAUCUGAAGGGUUAAAACCUGGGGGACCUGGCACCCAGACUACUUUAUUGAGCUGAAGUGGUCUGGGUGACUAUAGUGGUCCUUUAAUAAGUGACCUACCUUUUGACACUGCGUGUAUGAUUUUACCAGCAUCCUUCAUAUAGUAUAAAAGUCAUUUUAAACCCGCUGUAGGAAGAGUAGAAUGUAUCUAAGUUAAUAAAAUAAUUCAGAUGUCUUACAAAAUCUAAACUACUUAUUUGUCUUAAAUUCAGUAAUGCAAAUUUUCAUGGCAGUGUCCCUUUAAUGAUGUCUUAACUGUUGCCUUUUAAAACUAUAUCCUGUGAAUUUGGCUUCUGUUUUAGCUCAGUCGGUGUCCUCUUUUUAAUUUGGGCUUUCCACAGAAGUCUAAACUGAUGAAAAUACAUUGUGGUCAUACUGGGGUCUGUAGUACAUUGCAGAGCAGUUUGUUGCUACAUCCCACAAUAGCAGAGAUUUUAAUGUUAAAAUGUCAAUAUAUUUCAAUAGUGUACUGUACCUUGAAGUGGUGGAGUCACAUAUCAGUGCUAGAGACAUUUCUAGGAAACUGGAUUUCCUGUGCUCAAUCACCUCUAUUCUACGGACCAAAUUGUGAGUGCAAGCUACAAUCCAAUAUUUGCAACUCAAAGCACAGCCACUUUCCAAUGUGCCUGGUAUAUGUUCUUUCUAUGUAUUAGAAGUUUCAGUAUAUUUGUCUUGGCUGCAUUGUGUUCUGCUACACCAUUUAAGGAUUACCAAAAGUAUGGUAAACCUUGGCAUGUUUAUGGUCAUUGUAAAUGGACAGUGUUAGUCACUAAAGUGAGAAUUCAAUUUAAAAUUUUAGACCAAAGUAGCUGAACUGGAAGUAUGGCUGACUCUUUUUUUUUUUCAGUUCUCCUAUUUUGGCCUUAAUUUAGAAAUUCAAAUAGCAUUUACACAUUUGUAAAUGGCCCUGUUGGUUAUGAGGAUUGCUUUUGUUUACUUGGAAACUGUUGUCAAAAUACAAACAGCAGCUAUAAGAGCAUUUUGUAAUAUUGACAAUCGUAGAUGUUUAAGGAAAAGUACUGUAAAAGAAGGUUUGUUAAUGUGCUUUACAAAAAUGUAAUUAAUGUAACAAAUGUAAUUAAAUUACCAUUUUAUAUUGUCAUGUGACAAAGUUAGUUGUACUCGGUUCUUUUAGCUUUAUGCUACUAACUAGAAAACCUUAUGAAGCAUGUUCACCAGUCAUUCAUUCAUCAAAUGGUAGUCUAUUAAUUACAGUAUAGAACAAUAAGAUAAAUCGUAGGUUAGUCACAAACACUAUUUAAUUAAAGGAACACAAUAGCAUUUUGAAUACAAACCUGUAUUCCUAAUGCUGUAGUGUUUUACUCUUUAUUUAGGUUGUUCACCCCUCAUCCCCCACAACCUAUUCUAAAUUAAAAAAAAAAAUUGGGCGCUGAGUUCCAGUGCCUGCAGCCUCCUCUCCUGCUACCAGGUACAUCAUUAUGACCCUUCUAACUAUCCAAUCCAGUUCUUAAAGAGGUGCAUUGGGGGCUAAAAUGUAAUGCGUGAUAUUGUGGUGCUCCUAUUGGAGUGUAGCUGUGAGAACAGAGAUUAACUUGGUUCUCACAGCAGAGGCAUCUCUAGCGGCCUUUCGCUAGACAGCCACUAGAGGUGUAUUUAACCUCAAUAAAGUGUUCUGGGUGCAGUGGUCCAUUGGUUUUAACUCUGCAAUGUAAAGCAUUGCUGUUUAGUAGGUAUGACCGUGCAGGGUUAAAACUAAAGCACAAUGUUAUUGAGAUGGUCUGGAUACCUUUAGUGAUCUUUUUAAGGGAACCUAUAGUCCCGAUAAUAAUUUAAUAAUUUCCAGUGCCAGGACUCCUCUGCUGUAGAUGCCCACCUUAUCUUCCAAAUUAUUGCUUCAAAUAGAGAAACAAUGUAUUGGAGGUAUGCAUAAAUGGCCAAAUGCAACGCUCCUCCAAUCAAAUGCUGCUAUUGGUAACAUUUUAAUACGACACUGGGUUUUACAUCAAACUGUGACUCUAUUGGGGUUACCUACAAAUGUAAAUUGUUGGGAAUUCAAUCAAUUCCAGAUUUUAGACCAAAACAGAAGCAUUGGAAACAUUUUCUAAGUCCGCUAUGUUUCCAUUUUGGUUAUUUUGGCUUACCAACAGAAAUUCAAUUUGAAUUCAAACAAUUCGCACUGUAGCAAAUAAGCCUAUAUCUAUACAUGAUAUCAGAUGGUCAUGUAACAAACCAGGACUACAGAAAAUAUGUUUAAAAUGGCAUGCCUGAUAUAUCGCUAGCACAGUGUAUAGAUAGUUAGUAUUUAUUCUUUGCAUUCACAUUGUAAACAAUGGUCAUGUGACACCUCCUGUACAGCUAUGAAGUUGCCAUCUUUUGGUUUAGUUGAUCAGAAUUGGCAGAAUGCUACUGCAAGUGGUCAUGGUGCACCUCUGCUGCCAAAGGUGUGUAACUCUACUUCUGGCAGCAUCAUAGAGGCCGUAUUAGCUUGCCUAAGUUUCGGGUGGCUAAUGUUAAUUCUGUGCAAAAUGGAUGUCUCUAGACUGCUUUGAUAGCCAUUUGGUGCCUUAAAAUUCAGUAAAUGUGCAUUUUGAGUCAAUUGUUGGCUACUGCUUUUUAGACCUUUUUGUACAUAUCCAUUUACCCUCUCAAUUGUCUUGUGCGUGUUCAAAUCUGACAGUGACAUACUAGCAACUAUUUAUAAUAAUUAUCACCAGAUUGGUCUUAUUGGAAUCUGACAAUGACCAUAACGUGCCAAAGAAAUGGCGUGGUUGAAAGUGUAAAAGUGUAAUUUCGGAAAAUGCCAAUAAUCUGAAAACCAAAGUCAGUGACAUUAAGUAUUUCAUUUCUCUAAUACAACUGUGAGUUUUAUUGUGUGAAAUUAUUGCAAUAAACAGAUUUUAAAUCAA